UGUCAACGCCGCCUUUAUCAGCCACACCCUCCCAGUUACAUUAGCCUCCUCCACCCUGAAACAGGAUCAGAGAAUGAGACUGGAGAGGCACAAGUAUCCCUUGUGUUUCAAAAGAGUAGAAGAGCGUGCCUGAGAACUGUGGAAUUAGGCAUCUUGUGGAGAGCUCACCUCUGUCUUUUUCUAGAAGACAAAGGAUGGUUUGGAAAUUUGCCUUGUCCGUUUUUCUGAUGGCAGCAGUGGUUCGAGUAUCGGACACCAGGAAGAACCGCCCUGCAGGUGCCAUUCCCUCCCCGUACAAAGGCAGCGGCAGCAACCACUCGGAGCGGAGGCAGCAGCUGAACAAGGAGGUGUUGGCCUCCAGCCAGGAGGCCCUCGUGGUCACCGAGAGGAAGUACCUCAAGAGCGACUGGUGCAAGACACAGCCGCUGCGGCAGACUGUCAGCGAGGAGGGCUGCAUCAGCCGCACCAUCAUCAACCGCUUCUGCUAUGGGCAGUGCAACUCCUUCUACAUCCCGCGGCACGUCAAGAAGGAGGAGGAGUCCUUCCAGUCCUGUGCUUUCUGCAAGCCACACAAGGUCACCUCUUCAACCGUGCAGCUGGAGUGCCCCGAGCUGGACCCACCGUUCCGACUCAAGAAAAUCCAGAAGGUCAAGCAGUGCCGGUGCAUGUCUGUGAAUCUGAACAGCUCAGGCAAACUGUGAGAACAGGCAUGUGGCUGCUGCUUGGUGUUGCCUCCAUCAGCUUUACUGCUGCCUCUCCUCUCCCGCUGAGCAGACUGUUGGUUUGUUUCUUCUUUCCUUUUUUUUUUUUUUUUUUUUUAUGUUUUGU